AUGGCGAUAAGCACAACAGUUCAGGCAGAACUUAGAGCGAAAACAGCAAGCAAGUCUCUUUACUUCUGGUCUGAAAAUGUAAUUUGCUGUUUUUUUUUGUUUUUUUAUAAUCUACUGCUGUUUUAUGGACAGUGCGCUUUGGCUCAGAUCAGAUACUCUGUUCCGGAGGAGGUGAGGGACGGGACUGUGGUUGGAAAUGUCGCAAAGGAUCUUGGUCUUGACGUUGCCUCUUUGGGUGAGAGACGGUUCCGUGUUGUUUCCGAAACAAAUGAGGCUAUUUUUGCUGUAAACGCUGAUAAUGGCGCUUUGUACGUCCACGGCCGCAUUGACAGAGAGCAGCUGUGUCAGGGCAGCGGUACGUGUCUGAUGGAGCUGAAGGUUCUGGUGGAAAACCCUUUGGAAGUUCACUAUGUGCUUGUAGAAAUCACUGAUGAAAAUGAUCACGCGCCCACCUUUCCUAAACGAAAUGAAACAAUAAAAAUAGCGGAACAGACCUUGUCUGGAAAACGAUUCCAGCUGCACGCUGCUCAUGAUCCUGACGCAGGAAUGAAUUCAGUCCGCACCUACAGUUUAUCUGCUAAUGAAUAUUUUGACAUCAAUGUUCGUGAAACCAACAGUGAAAAAAUACCAUUCCUUGUUUUGAAAAAAAUGCUGGACAGAGAAAAAAAGAGUGAGCAUUUUCUACUGGUGACAGCGGUUGAUGGAGGUAAACCUCAAAGGUCAGGCACACUGAAUGUGACUAUAACUGUUCUUGACAGUAACGAUAAUAGACCAGUUUUUAGUCAAGAGAUUUAUGAAAUUACAGUGAAAGAAAACGUAAAAACGGGCACGUCCAUUUUUAAGCUCACAGCCACAGAUCCAGAUGAAGGAACAAACGGAGAAAUUGAUUAUAGUCUGGCAAAAACAUUGAAAGAAAGAAUUUAUGAAAUUUUUGAAUUAGACACAAGAACAGCUGAUAUUGUUGUAAAGGGACACAUCGAUUAUGAAGAGAAUGAUUUUUAUGAAUUAGAAGUUCAAGCGUCAGAUAGAGGCACACCCCCAUUGACAGGUGAAUGUAGAGUCAUUAUAAAAAUCAUAGAUGUAAAUGAUAAUUCACCUGAAAUAGACGUGACUUCUCUGUCAAACACAGUGUCUGAAGACUCCAAACCAGGGACAGUAGUUUCUCUCAUUCGUGUCAAAGACAAAGACUCUGGCGUCAAUGGUAAAAUCAUCGCGCACAUAACAAACAACGUGCCUUUUGAGCUAAAACCCUCGUAUAAAGAAAACACAUAUUCCGUUGUCACUAAGGAUUUUCUGGACAGAGAGGAGGUGUCAAAUUAUGACAUAACAAUAAAAGCCACUGACUGUGGAGAGCCUCCUUUAUCCACCACUAAAACUCUCAGUAUUCAAAUAUUAGAUGUAAACGACAACAGUCCACAGUUUGGACAAAACCCUCUGUACUUUUAUAUUGUAGAAAAUAACGUGUCAGGGACGUCACUGUUCUCUGUAACUGCAUCAGACAAAGAUAAGAAUGAAAACGCAGAUAUUUCCUACAGCAUUGCGCGCACAGGACAGGAGAAGGACGUGGCGCUCUUUUUAAACGUGAACGCGGAAAAUGGUCAAAUCACUGCGCUGAAAAGCUUUGACUUUGAGACAUUAAAGUCGUUCCAGUUUCAAGUGGUGGCCUCAGACUCUGGGACUCCGUCACUGAGCAGCAACGUGACAGUGCACGUGUUCAUUCUGGAUCAGAACGACAACGCUCCAGUCAUUCUGUAUCCAGUCAGCUCUAACGGUUCUGCUGAAGGAGUGGAGGAGAUCCCCCGCAAUGUGAACGCGGGACACUUGGUGACUAAAGUCAGGGCCUAUGACGCUGAUAUCGGAUAUAACGGCUGGCUGCUGUUUUCACUGCAGCAAGUGACUGACCACAGUCUGUUUGGGUUGGACCGCUACACAGGACAGAUCAGGACACUUCGCUCAUUGACAGAGACAGACGAGGCCGAGCACAAACUCGUCAUACUGGUCAAAGACAAUGGCAACGUGUCCCUGUCAGCUACAGCUACUGUGCUUGUCAAAGUGGUGGAGCCCAGAGAGGCGUUUGCAGCUUCUGAUGUUAAGAGCUCCACUAAAGACUCUGAGGACACUAAUGUGACUUUUUACCUCAUGAUAACUCUGGCCUCGGUCUCAGCUCUGUUCAUUAUCAGUAUCAUUGUGCUGAUUGCAAUGCAGUGCUCCAAGUCCAGCACUGACUACACCUCCAAGUACUUACAGGACACAAACUAUGACGGGACUCUGUGCCACAGCAUCCAGUACAGAUCUGGAGACAAGCGCUACAUGUUAGUUGGACCCAGAAUGAGCGUAGGAUCCACUAUAGUCCCAGGGAGUCAAGCCAACACACUGGUGCUGCCUGACAGGAGGAGGCCCUCUGAGGAGGUAAGAGAUUACAUAAGCUUCAAUAUAUCUUCCCACAUGGCGAUAAGCACAACAGUUCAGACAGAAGUAUUAGAUGGAUGGAUGGGAGUUCGUUCGUGGAUCACUUUGUGCUCGGCUCUACUGCUGUUUUAUGGACAGUGCGCUUUGGCUCAGAUCAGAUACUCUGUUCCGGAGGAGGUGAGGGACGGGACUGUGGUUGGAAAUGUCGCAAAGGAUCUUGGUCUUGACGUUGCCUCUUUGGGUGAGAGACGGUUCCGUGUUGUUUCCGAAACAAAUGAGGCUAUUUUUGCUGUAAACUCAGACAAUGGCGCUUUGUACGUCCACGGCCGCAUUGACAGAGAGCAGCUGUGUCAGGGCAGCGGUACGUGUCUGAUGGAGCUGAAGGUUCUGGUGGAAAACCCUUUGGAAGUUCACUAUGUGGUUGUAGAAAUCACUGAUGUAAACGACCACGCGCCCACCUUUCCCAAAAGAAAUGAAACUAUAGAAAUAUGGGAACAAUCUUUACCAGGAAAACGAUUUCAGCUGCAUCCUGCUCGUGAUCCUGACGCAGGGAUGAACUCAAUUCGCACCUACACUUUAUCUGCAAACGAACAUUUUGACGUCAAUGUUCGCGAAAGUGAUUUGAGUAAAACUCCGUUUUUGGUUUUAAAGAAACCUUUAGAUCGAGAGCAAAGCAAAGCACAUCAUCUGCUUCUUACUGCUGUCGAUGGAGGUAAACCCAGAAAAUCAGGGACGUUAAAUGUUACAGUUAUUGUUCUGGACAGUAAUGAUAAUAGACCAGUUUUUACACAGGAGGUUUAUGAAAUUUCACUGCCAGAAAAUGUUGAAAUAGGAACAGUAGUAAUUGCUCUCACUGCAACUGAUACUGAUGAUGGGAUUAAUGGUGAAAUUGAGUACAGUCUCAGAGAAUCAUUGAUUCAAGGGGUUGAAAACGUAUUUAAAAUUGAUAGCAUUACAGGUGAGAUUAGCACGAAAGCAUCAGUGAAUUUUGAAGAAACUGACCAAUAUGAAUUAGACGUAGAGGCUUCAGAUAAAGGAACGCCUCCAUUAACAGGUGAGUGUAGAGUCAUUGUAAAAAUCAUAGAUGUAAAUGAUAAUUCACCUGAAAUAGACGUGACUUCGCUGUCAAACACAGUGUCUGAAGACUCUAAAUCAGGGACAGUAGUUUCUCUCAUUCGUGUCAAAGACAAAGACUCUGGCGUCAAUGGUAAAAUCAUCGCGCACAUAACAAACAACGUGCCUUUUGAGCUAAAACCCUCGUAUAAAGAAAACACAUACUCAGUUGUCACUAAGGAUUUCCUGGACAGAGAGGAGGUGUCAAAUUAUGACAUAACAAUAAAAGCCACUGACUGUGGAGAGCCUCCUUUAUCCACCACUAAAACUCUCAGUAUUCAGAUAUUAGAUGUAAACGACAACAGUCCACAGUUUGAACAAAACCCUCUGUACUUUUAUAUUGUAGAAAAUAACGUGUCAGGGACGUCACUGUUCUGUGUAACUGCAUCAGACAAAGAUAAGAAUGAAAACGCAGAUAUUUCGUACAGCAUUGCGCGCACAGGACAGGAGAAGGACGUGGCGCUCUUUUUAAACGUGAACGCGGAAAAUGGUCAAAUCACUGCGCUGAAAAGCUUUGACUUUGAGACAUUAAAGUCGUUCCAGUUUCAAGUAGUGGCCUCAGAUUCUGGGACUCCGUCACUGAGCAGCAACGUGACAGUGCACGUGUUCAUUCUGGACCAGAACGACAACGCUCCAGUCAUUCUGUAUCCAGUCAGCUCUAACGGUUCUGCUGAAGGAGUGGAGGAGAUCCCCCGCAAUGUGAACGCGGGACACUUGGUGACUAAAGUCAGGGCCUAUGACGCUGAUAUCGGAUAUAACGGCUGGCUGCUGUUUUCACUGCAGCAAGUGACUGACCACAGUCUGUUUGGGUUGGACCGCUACACAGGACAGAUCAGGACACUUCGCUCAUUGACAGAGACAGACGAGGCCGAGCACAAACUCGUCAUACUGGUCAAAGACAAUGGCAACGUGUCCCUGUCAGCUACAGCUACUGUGCUUGUCAAAGUGGUGGAGCCCAGAGAGGCGUUUGCAGCUUCUGAUGUUAAGAGCUCCACUAAAGACUCUGAGGACACUAAUGUGACUUUUUACCUCAUGAUAACUCUGGCCUCGGUCUCAGCUCUGUUCAUUAUCAGUAUCAUUGUGCUGAUUGCAAUGCAGUGCUCCAAGUCCAGCACUGACUACACCUCCAAGUACUUACAGGACACAAACUAUGACGGGACUCUGUGCCACAGCAUCCAGUACAGAUCUGGAGACAAGCGCUACAUGUUAGUUGGACCCAGAAUGAGCGUAGGAUCCACUAUAGUCCCAGGGAGUCAAGCCAACACACUGGUGCUGCCUGACAGGAGGAGGCCAUCUGAGGAGGUAAAUGCAUUUCAAGGUUUUCAGGUUCUUGUCACUGUCGUCUUCACAGCGAUUUCAGUUGAUCCAUUAAUAUAA